AUGGAAGCGGAAUCCGCGGAAGAGUCGUCGUCGCUGCCUUGGGUGCGCUCGUCCCAGUCCUCGGGGCGGGAAACGGAGGACGAGGAGGCGGCGGAGCCCGCUAGGACGUCGCCCACGGCCGGCGAGGUGGAGGAAGAGAUCAUCCUGCCCGCCUCCACCUCCCUGGGUAGCGAGGAGGACACGAUCUUGCCGCGGUCGACCUCCUUCGAGGCGGAGGACCUCCCGGAGACUUCCCUGCCCCCCUCCUCCGAGUCGCCGGAUCCGCCGGGCCCGAGCCCCAGCGAUCCAUCCUCCGCGCCGCCCGGGAGCUCCUCGCCCGCCUUCUCCUCGCCCUUGGCCUCGCCCUCGACCUCGCCGCUCUCCUGGAAGGCGUCCUGCCACCGGCUGCAGCAGCUGCUGGAAGAGGAGGAGGAAGGCCGCGGGGAGCAAGCCGGCGCCCGGGCCGGGUUGAGCCCAGGCGGGCAGGCCCAGCAGAAGAAAGCGAAGAAGAAGGGCCCGCCGGCCAAGAAGGGCGCGCCAAGUCAGUCGGCCGGCCGGCCAGGACCGCUGGGCCAGGGGAGCGGGCCGCCAGGAAGCGGAGACGGGACCAGGCCAGGGGACUGCUGGCGGGGAAGGAGAGAGCGCUGGGGCCGCGGGGUCCUUGCCGAGCUCCUGCUCGCCGGCCGCAGAGGGCCCGUUGGAGGCCAGGCUCCUCUCCCCACAGGCUACACAGUGAGGGCCAUUGUGCCAGCUGAGAAGGAGGAACUGGUGUCGGUGGCCAAGGCCAUGCACCAUGAGAAGUUUGCCAAGAACGUCAAGGAGCUCUUCCACCUGGAGAAGGAGGCAGCCCUCAAGUCCAUCCAGACAGGUCUCUACAUAGGUUGGCGCUGCCCUGAAUACCUGUGGGAUUGUUUCCGGGUAGGCGAUGAGUCCAGGUGCUUCUGUGGGCACCUCCUGAAGCUGCAUCAGGUGUAUGUGGAGAAACGAGCCACCGUGCCCUGCACUGUUGCAGACUGCAGAUGCCAGGGAUUUGUGUUCAUUCCCUCGUGCCCAGAGGAGGUGGGUGAAUUCUGGCUUCGGCGAAGAACUGGUUUUGAUGUGGCAGCCUGGCGAGCAAAAUGCCGGUGCAAGCACACGCAUGAGGAUCACAUGCCAAUCGGAGCACGUGGAUGCUGUGUCCGAGGCUGCUCUUGCGUGGCCUUCACGUCCAGCUUCCUGUGCGCAGCUUGCGAUCGCCGCUGGGAGGAGCACGAAACCUUCUUUGAGUCGGAGGAGACGCGCCGCAAAGGUGGCCGGCCGUGCGGAGAAGCUUACCUGCCCUUUGCUGAGCUGCCUGAGCUGCGCAACGCCGUGCUGAAGGGGCACUGCGAGGAGCCUUCCGCCUCUUGGGCUCUGCCGGGCCAGGCCUGCCAGGCCCUGCCCGCCCCCUCCGGCUCACGGGCUCUGCCUCUUCCCCCCCCAGGCCCACGGCGGCUCGUGCAGAAAGACGACAAGAAGGCCUGAGGGUGGCCUCGCCAUGUGUCCUGGUGUGCCCUGGGAGGCAAUAAAGGGAGCUUGCUCGGUGGGCGUGUCUGUGGCCGUGUCUUCCA